AUGGAGGAACUUGGUUUGGAAACAUCGAGUAUAGUAGACAACGAGUUAGAAGAACUGUUUGAGUUAUCUCUUAGAAUGUUUGAUACAAGAUUACCACCUGGAGUAACCGUUCUCUCGCCCUUUGCUGAAGAUUCUUCACUGACUAAAGUUGGAGUAGAGGCACCAACAAAAUGGCUUGAGAUCACAAAAAAAGACGAAGUUGAUCUUGAUGAAUUAUUGGAUGACCCAGAGCUUGAGAGAUUGCUCAUUUCAGUUUUCUCUACGCAACAGAGAGAGGUUGAGAAGCGUGAAGUGCUUAAGAGGCAAGGUCAUGGUGAAUACAGGGAAAUAACUGAAGGAGACUUUCUAGCGGAGGUCACUCGCGGUGACAAGGUCAUCUGUCAUUUCUACCGCUGCAAGAUCAUGGAUAAGCAUUUGAAGGCACUUGCGCCGGUCUAUUUGGGGACUAAAUUCGUCAAGCUUGAUGCCGAGAAUGCUCCCUUCUUUGUGACAAAACUGGCAAUUAAAAUGUUGCCAUGUGUUAUAUUGUUCAAGAAGGGUAUUGCUGUUGAUCGGUUAGUUGGAUUUGAAGACCUUGGAGGUAAAGAUGAUUUUUCUACCAGGGCAUUGGAAAAUAUUCUGAAGAGGAAAGGCGUGGCGCAUGAGAAGGUGAAGGACGACAACGACCAAAACGACCAAACGUGUAGGAGGACUGUUCGAUAUGCGAUGGGAGGACUGUGA